AGCUUCUAAAACAUGAUGAGUUAAAGGAAACAGGAAACAGAGCAGCUAGUGUUAGCUGAGAGGUAGCAGGGCGUUAGCUUCUAAAACAUGAUGAGUUAAAGGAAACAGGAAACAGAGCAGCUAGUGUUAGCUGAGAGGUAGCAGGGAGUUAGCUUCUAAAACAUGAUGAGUUAAAGGUAACAGGAAACAGAGCAGCUAGUGUUAGCUGAGAGGUAGCAGGGCGUUAGCUUCUAAAACAUGAUGAGUUAAAGGAAACAGGAAACAGAGCAGCUAGUGUUAGCUGAGAGGUAGCAGGGCGUUAGCUUCUAAAACAUGAUGAGUUAAAGGAAACAGGAAACAGAGCAGCUAGUGUUAGCUGAGAGGUAGCAGGGCGUUAGCUUCUAAAACAUGAUGAGUUAAAGGAAACAAGAAACAGAGCAGCUAGUGUUAGCUGAGAGGUAGCAGGGCGUUAGCUUCUAAAACAUGAUGAGUUAAAGGAAACAGGAAACAGAGCAGCUAGUGUUAGCUGAGAGGUAGCAGGGCGUUAGCUUCUAAAACAUGAUGAGUUAAAGGUAACAGGAAACAGAGCAGCUAGUGUCAGCUGAGAGGUAGCAGGGUGUUAGCUUCUAAAACAUGAUGAAUUAAAGGUAACAGGAAACAGACUAGCUAGUGUUAGCUGAGAGGUAGCAGGGCGUUAGCUUCUAAAACAUGAUGAGUUAAAGGAAACAGGAAACAGAGCAGCUAGUGUUAGCUGAGAGGUAGCAGGGCGUUAGCUUCUAAAACAUGAUGAGUUAAAGGUAACAGGAAACAGAGCAGCUAGUGUCAGCUGAGAGGUAGCAGGGCGUUAGCUUCUAAAACAUGAUGAGUUAAAGGAAACAGGGAAUGGAGGAAAUGAAACUUACUGCUGUGAGGAUCUCUGUGCCGGUCAGUGUCGGCCAUCAGGAAAACUGCUGUCUGCUGACAGAUCAAAUUAAACGUAAAGUAAAACUAAAUGUAAUUCAGUCUGUGAGUUUCUGUCCGUCGGUUGGGUAGUUGGGCAGUUGGUCGGCUGAUCGCUUGGUCGGCUGGUCAGUUGGUCGGUUGGUCAGUUGGUCAGUUGGUUGGUUGGUCAGUUGGUCGGUUGGUCAGCUGGUCGGUUGGGCGGUUGGUCAGCUGGUCGGUUGGUCGGUCGGUGGGUCAGUUGGAGUCAGAUGGAGUCAGUUGGAGUCAGUUGGAGUCAGUUGGGAGUCAGUUGGAGUCAGUUGGAGUCAGAUGGGUCAGUUGGAGUCAGAUGGAGUCAGUUGGAGUCAGUUGGAGUCAGUUGGAGUCAGAUGGAGUCAGUUGGAGUCAGAUGGAGUCAGAUGGAGUCAGAUGGAGUCAGUUGGAGUCAGAUGGAGUCAGUUGGAGUCAGUUGGAGUCAGUUGAAGUCAGAUGGAAUCAGUUGGAGUCAGUUGGAGUCAGAUGGAGUCAGUUGGAGUCAGAUGGAGUCAGUUGGAGUCAGUUGGAGUCAGUUGGAGUCAGAUGGAGUAAGUUGUAUUGUCUGUAGUUUCACGCAGCUUUGGUCUCCAGGAAACAGAGGAUGAAGAAGAGGAAGACGGUCCUGAUGAAGACUGAGGUCAAAGUUCAGGUGGAGAGGGGCGGAGCCAGACGCUCCUUCAGAGGAGUCCUGCACAGGUCAGCGUGCCGCCCUCUGCCUGCUGGGGUCAGAGGUCACCUGGUGGAGGGGGGGUGCAGCCUGGGUGCGUUUGUUUCCGGCCUGCUGCUGGCCUCUCUGUACGGGGUCUCCUGUCUGCCCCUGCAGGAGCUCUGGCUCUGCGUCUCCCUCACCCUCAGCCUCGCCGCCAUCGCCUCCUUCUCCAUGGGCUUGUCCUCCGUGGUCCGGACCUCCGUCUGCGUGAUGCUACCUUCACUGUCUGCAGCUCAGGGCAGGAAGUUCCUCCUCUUCCUGUUCAUGUCGGCGCUGCUCAGCGGCCCGCUCACCAACACGCUGGAGAACACGGAGCGCGCCGCCGCAGGCCUGCUGUGUGGAGCCGAGCUCGCAGCCAAUCAGACGCAAGAGCUGCUGCAGAGAGCGGCCACGCCCCUUUUCUCUGUGUUGGACAGAGUCAGAGAGAUCAGCAGUAACGCUCACGCCGCCGCCGCACGAGUGAGGAGCCUCAUCGAUGCUCUGACUGACAGCGUCCGCCAUGUUGCGCGAACUCUGAGGAACGUCCUUCACUUCCUGGUUGACAUCGGGGACGUGUGCAACGCUAAAAUGGGCUCCCCGUACAGGAAUUGCCGCGCGGUGUUCGCCGAGGCGCGGGACGACUGCUCCGAGUUGCUCAGAGAAUUCAACUUCCUGUGUGGCAUCGUGGACGGCUUCCUGCCGCUCUGCAGCCUCGCCCGCGCCGGCGAGCUGUUCUGCGUCCUCCCGUCCUACAUCGCCGAGCAUCUGAAGAAACGUCUGGCAGCGCCCACGGUGGCAGCGUUCGAGCGGAUGAAGCGGGAGUUUGACUUCAACAUCUCGGCCUCGGUGACCUUCGAGCUGGAGGCUAACAGCAGCCGCUCGCUGCAGCAGGUUUCCCAGGACAUCAUGCGGGACGUCUCCUCCGAGCUGAAGCUGUUCCAGACGCUCAGCGCGCCGCUGAUGUACGGAGGCUUCCUGCUGCUCGUCUGCGGCUUCCUGAGGGCGGUGCGGUACAGACACAGGUAUCUCCGUGAACUCGACUUCGAUAACGUAUACCUGAGCGCUCAGUUUGAAGAGCUCGACCGUCAGGUGACCUGCGGGGGCGGAGCCUCAGUGCUGCCAAUCACACGCAGGGAGGCCAAGACCUACAUCACACCACUGUCUCUGCAGCUGUCGGCCCGGGAGCGGCGGGCCAUGUUUAGGGGCGUGGCCUCGGUGCUCAAACACCUGGUGAUGGGAGGCCUGCUGGUGGCGCUGGACUUCCUGGUGUUCUGGACGCUGGACCAGGUGAACCACCAGGUGAAGGGGGACGUGGUGGCCCGAGCCCCGGUGACGGUGGCGCUGCAGGUGAGCGGAUCCGGUUACGCCUCGGACAUCUUCAGGGAUCUGGUGGCGUCGUUCGACGUCCUGCAGCGAGGGAACGUGACGGUGCUCAGCAGGAAGUGCCUUCAGCCGCCGGCAGAGCCCGACCACGCCAACUGCUUCCUGCUGGGUUUCCUGUUGGGUCUAGCGCUGGUCGUCUCUUUGUUCGGAGGAUUCAUGCAGCGCUGUAGAAGACUGGUCUGUGCUUCAUAUCAUCCAGAGAGAGAGCUG